GCAAGUGUACAGAGCGCCGCUUGUGUUGCAUUUACCAAAGCAUUACAUUAACGUACGGUCUUCCAUUUUGGAUUUAUGAUAAGAUUUUACGUGCGAGACUCGGAAAAGGUCCUACGAAAAACAUGCUAGUACGUGCUGAAUCACGAAAGAUCGGAGCAGGAGAGUGGUGAUUCCUUUGGACUGUGAGUGAUACUAGAAUAUGGUAGAUGCAACAAUGGUGGAUACUUACUCAAUUUCGCGAAAGCCCAACGUGAACUUGCAGGGUGCUUCGCGGACGCGUUCACUGACGACCGGAGAGCCGCUGUCGUACCCGGCACAUAUCACGGACAGUACGGGGCGGACGGUAGGAAACCACGCUCAACAUGUUGAAUUACCGCCGAUUAAAAGUCACACUAUUGGGGGAACGAAGGUGCAGAAAACCAGUGAGAAUAUUCCGAAUGGUAUCCAGGUCCAGCAGUUAUUCGAACCGGACGAUAAUCAUAACUAUAAACGGCAAGUUCAGCCGCCGGGGAAAGUCUCAAACGGCAUGGUAACGAAUCACGCCCGCCGCCCGUCCAGUGACAACAGCACGGACUCGAAAUCCAACUCGGCUAAGCAACGUUCACUACCCAUGACACCAGAAGAGGCUAUGAAAAUGUACAUGCACAAACUCACAUCCUAUGAGCACCAUGAGAUCUUCAACACACAGCAGAUAUAUUUUGUUGGACCGAACGCCAAGAAAAGACAGGGCGUCAUUGGAGGGGCAAAUAACUGUGGAUACGACGACGACCAAGGAUCAUACAUUCAUGUUCAGCAUGAUCACGUCGCAUAUCGAUAUGAAGUCUUGAAGAUCCUCGGAAAAGGAAGCUUCGGUCAGGUAGUGAAAGUGUACGACCAUAAGACAAACCAGCACAUAGCCAUUAAGAUGGUGCGCAACGAGAAACGAUUUCAUCGACAGGCGCAGGAAGAGAUCCGGAUCUUAGAACACCUCAAGAAGCAGGACAAGGAUAACAAUAUGAACAUAAUUCAUGUCAUCGACAGUUUCAACUUCCGCAACCAUAUAUGCAUCACCUUUGAGUUGCUAAGUAUGAACUUGUACGAACUCAUCAAGAAGAAUAAAUUUCAGGGAUUCAGUCUGCAGCUGGUUCGGAAGUUUGCCCACUCAUUGUUGCAGUGUCUAGAUGCGCUACAUCGGAAUCGUAUCAUUCACUGCGACAUGAAACCAGAGAACAUUCUCCUGAAGCAGCAGGGACGCAGCGGCAUCAAAGUGAUCGACUUUGGAUCCAGCUGUUACGAGCAUCAGCGUAUCUACACCUACAUCCAGAGUCGCUUCUACCGAGCACCAGAAGUCAUACUCGGAGCCCGAUACGGAAUGCCCAUCGACAUGUGGAGCCUCGGCUGCAUCUUGGCGGAGCUUCUCACAGGAUACCCUCUCCUCCCCGGUGAAGACGAAGGAGACCAACUAGCUACCAUGAUUGAACUCUUGGGGAUGCCCCCGACAAGACUAAUCGAGCAGUCCAAGAGAGCUAAGAAUUUCAUCAACUCCAAGGGUCAUCCACGCUACUGUACAGUCACCACCCUGCCAGAUGGAACCACCGUACUGAACGGUGGGCGCUCCAGACGAGGGAAAGUACGCGGUCCACCAGGGAGUAAGGAUCUUGUGAAGGCGCUGAAGGGUUGCGACGACCCACUGUUCAUAGAUUUCCUGAAGCGAUGCAUGGAUUGGGAUCCCCAGAGCAGGAUGACCCCAAGUCAGGCGCUGCGUCACGCUUGGUUACGGAGGAGGUUACCCAAACCACCUGUUGUAGAUGCAUCGGCUUCUGCUAAGCACAAGAGGCACGGGUCAUCAGCUGUUUCAAAGCUGCCUCCAACGGGCCAGAAUGCAAGUGCCAAGACACGUCAGGCUGGCGAUCCGACAGCAAGGACUGUACUACCAAAGAUUGUCACAUAAAAUAAAAGACAGUAAAAACCAAUUGUUUGGACACAAAUUGAUGGAAAACCAAAGUGUGGUCUUUCAUGGCAGAUAUUGAAAAUGAUGAAAACUUCACAUGAAAAUCUUUUAUUGUUUUAACCGUUUUUAUUUCUUGAGUACCGCGACCAGUUUUAAAAGUUAAAUCAAAUUCUCUCUUUCCAACUGCCAGUACUUGCUCUUUCUUCUUAAAAAUUAAUACUGAUCAUGAAUUUUUACCAUCUUUUAUGCAAAGAUAUUGAUAAUUACCUUUUAAACCCAUGUGAUUGUUUAUCUAAAUUUUCAAAUGUGUUUUAAAAAAAAGCAAUGCCAGAAAGAUCACACAACUUGAGUUUUUGACCACGUUGUCAUUCAAACGGGGAAUGCCAGACAGUUGUAAUUCUAUCAAGCUAAACACUGUGUACAAAAUGUAUAAAAUUUGUAAAUAUGACUAUAUUUUUAUGUGCACUUUUUACCUGAUUCCAUGUUUUUAAUUUGUAACAAACAUUGUUUGGCAUUCUUUGUUUGUAGUAAUGAAGUAAUGGCAGUUCAUUCCUAACGUGACAGAUAAAAUGGUGCCGUGAUUUAAACCCACACUGAAGAGGCAAGAUUUUUAGUGUAUAAAUUCUGUGAGAUUUAAGUGUAAAUUCCAAAUAUCAAAAGUUGGAGAAAAGGUCAAAAUGAAUGUGGAGACAUAUUUUUAAAAAUAAUUGAGUUUCCCUUCAUCUCUGCCGAGUUUUGAAAUUGUGAGUGAAAUGAAUUUCUAUGAAAUUUUGUUUUCAAAUGGCAACAGUUUUAAAACGUUCCACUAUGGGAACGGAAGUAAGGUUUACAAUUGAAAUUGCAAAAUUGUGCCAUUCAAAACUUUCGAUCACAAAUUACUCACCAAAAAAAAUGAAUUUUGUUUGUGAAAUUACACUAUAAUUUCACCAGUUUUCCUGUUUGGCAAAAUGUUCCACAUAACGGAAGCAAGAAAAAAAUACUGCAAAAUGUUUGUCAUUCAAAAUUUUAGGUCACAAAUUAAACUAUUCAUUUUUGUCUUGAAAUGAUACUGUGAUGGCACCAGUAGUAAACAGUUUCUAUGUUAUCAUUAUAAAAAAGGGAAGUGGUCCACAUAGGGGAAGUUGAAUAUGAAUUUGCACGAUUGUUGCCAUUCAAAAAAUUUGGUCACAAUGGAAUACAAAAAAAGUUCUGAAUUAAAAUGAAAUCUAUUUACAAAAUUUUAAAUAAAUAAUUUGCCUAGUUGGCACAUGGAAAGUAUGCCUUUUUACUGGGAUUUGUGUGUGAUGUAUAGAUUUUGUCAUCAAAAAAGCCUGCAUAAGAACACAAAUUUCUUCUUUCAGAAAUGUUUUCUAUUAACACACAUGUAUCAUCAGGGACAAAUAAAAGAGUCUUUUUUGUGGGUACGAAUUUAUUAGUCAUCAUAUUCUACUGUACAGAAUUUGUAUUGUCACAAAGCACUGUAAAUGCACAAACAGUCCUUUGUUGUUUCUCUAUUAGAAUUGGUCAUUGUUAAAAUUGUGUUGUACACAAUACACAUACUACACAGCCUAUUCGGAAAACCCCCAUUCAUGAACCCAUGUGGUGUGAACAUUGUUCAUGGUGGCUGGAAAAUCCCGUUUUUUGUUUGUUUAAACCUUUGGGACUUGAUACUUGGGAAAGAUUUACCGAAGCCAUGUGUGAAUGAAGGUUCUUAGGUGUAAGCCAUUGUCAUGGGUGUUGGAAUUGGGCGAGGGUCAACAACAUGUUUCGUUAGUUCUAAGGGUCAAGGCCUUGUAGGAUCUGUUUGGCUGGUAGGGGUUUUAAAGACAAUUACAAAUUCAAACACAAACCUGGAACCUAUAAUGCCUUUGGUAAACAAGUAUUCAAUGUUGGCCUUACUUAUAAUGUCUGGGUCAUAUGAACAGUCAAGGUUGUUUGUAUUGUGAACCCUAUUUCCAUAACUGAGUCAACACUUUCUUAAUUCCACAAAGGGCGAGAUGUGAAGUAACCUUUAAAUUUCCUAAAUUUACACAAUUAUGCCAGUAUGAUUUCAGGUUUGCCCUCCACUGAUAUGAUAUGAUGGUGAUAAGUAUUGUGUGUUUUUCACGUUCUGUAAGGCAAAUUUACUUAUCAUAUAAAAUCUGUGUUUGGCAAAACUGAACAUUAUUUUGUGUCUUUACCCUUUCCCUGCAAUAAAAUGGCAUCAGACUCACUUGUUAAGUCAGUAUUUUGUUUCGUAUGCAAUUUGGAAUGAUUGUAUAGUUUCUCAAACCAAGAAAUAAACAGUGUAUGAGUAGGGUGGAAGUACAUGAAUAAUUUUUGGAAAUCCAUGUGAAUAUUUUUUUUUGUAGUGUUGGUUCUCAACCACAACUUUUUAGAACCAACACUUCUCAAAAGAUAUUCACGUGGUGUUAUCGCAAACCUCUCUUAGUUAUUAUACACGGAUUAACGGUUUAAGAAAUUACACACAGUCCUUCAUAGUAUUAUGUUGUUUAUCAAAAUAGGCUAUGCAAUUUCACAAAACUCAACUACUGAAGAAAAACCCCAGUGGGACGGAUCCAAACUACAUUGGGCAGCAUGUAAGGGCCUUGAUAUUGAUUUUGUUUAAGAUGUUAGUGUCUAUUCGACAUGUGCAUGCUGUUUCUUUCAUGGCAGCUGUAAAAAUAAAUAUCCACUCUAUAUGCAAAUCAAUUGUCAUGCAAAGAAAUAGUACUGUUCUGUGCUAUUUAUUUAGGACACAAAGAUUUUGUUUUCUUUCAAGUAGGUCCAACACAAAUGGCGGUAAUUUAUACAGAUUAGUUGAUCACAAUGGUUGGAACGAAACAUGAUUGUCAAAAAUUAGAAGAAAAAA